CUCGCUUUAACGAACAAAUUCGUGAUUUUAACCACGCAAAACACAUGUCUGGAAGAUAUGAUGCAUACGCUCGCAUACACUUGCUAUCUUUGGUAAUGCCAUCAAUUGCCAUGGAGUGAUUGGCCUAAGCGAGCUAGCAGUCGACGUUUUAUCUUAGCUCGAUUCCAGGAUAAGCACUGUAAGGCUAGCCUAGAAGUAAUUGUCUAGUCUACAUCCAAGAUCACCCAAAUCGCCUUCCUCGCAUUGCAUAGCGAUUGAGGAUAAUGCUACAGGUGUCAAUUAUCAUCGAGCUCGUUACCUAAUGGGCCUCAAGUUCCACAUGUUGUCCACGGGUGGAUCGGAUCUUCUCUCAAGCCCAGCGGCCGGGCUCAAUCUCAAGCUUAUUACGGCGUUGGAGCACGUUGAUGGGUUGAGAAGACUCUUUCAUAAAGAACAAAUCAUAGCAAAACAGUCUACUAUUCUAAGACGAAGUAUAAUCCAUACAACAUGACACAAGAUCUAAUUGUACAGCUGACCGCACCGAACGGAAGGACGUAUCAACAGCCGACUGGUCUGUUCAUUAACAACGAAUGGACAGCGUCAGCCGACGGUGCACAGAUCACAUCCAUCAAUCCCACAAAUGAAGAACCCAUCGUUUCUGUUUCAGCAGCGUCCAAGACUGACGUCGACAGGGCUGUGGUCGCUGCCCGGAAUGCCCUCCAAAACCCGAGCUGGCGAAAAAUGUCGCCUUCAGAUCGAGGGCGACUGCUCAUGCGCUUGAGCCAACUGAUCGAAGAGAACAGAGAGACUCUGGCGACGAUUGAGACGUGGGAUAACGGCAAACCAUACGCGAUCGCCCUUAGUGACGACUUGUACGAAACUGCCGAGGUGUUUCGCUACUAUGCAGGAUUUGCCGACAAGGUCUUUGGCCAGGUGAUCAGCACCAACUCGGACAAGUUCGCAUAUACGCUUCGAGAACCGGUGGGUGUGUGUGGUCAGAUCAUUCCAUGGAAUUUUCCUUUGGCAAUGGCCGCAUGGAAGCUCGCACCAGCUCUCGCGUGCGGCAACACCGUCGUGCUCAAGGCCGCGGAGCAAACGCCCCUCUCGAUCCUGUUCCUCGCGACCCUGGCGGCGGAGGCCGGCUUCCCGCCGGGUGUGGUGAAUAUCAUCAACGGGCUGGGAUCGGUCGCCGGCGCCGCGCUCGCGUCGCACAUGGACAUCGACAAGAUCGCGUUCACCGGCUCGACGGACACCGCGAGGCGCAUCAUGGGAAUGGCGAGCGCGAACCUGAAGAACAUCACGCUGGAGACCGGCGGCAAGAGCCCCCUCGUCGUCUUCGACGACGCCGACGUGGAGCUCGCCGCCUUCUGGGCCCACGGCGGCGUCAUGUAUAACCAGGGGCAGAUAUGUACCGCCACGUCGCGCAUCCUCGUGCAGGACGGGGUCUACGACAGAUUUCUCGCCGCCUUCUUGGCAAACGUGAAGGAGAUCUCAAAGAUAGGUGAUCCGUUUGAUGCAGAGACGUUCCAGGGUCCGCAGAUCUCCUCGGCCCAGAUGACCAGGAUCCUCGAGUAUGUGUCAAUCGGAAAAUGCGAGGGUGCGAAGCUUGCCCUUGGGGGCGAGCCUUUCAAGCACAACGCGGACGGAAAGGGAUACUUUGUCGAGCCCACCGUGUUCACAGAAGUCCUCCCAGCUAUGCGCAUCUUUCAGGAGGAGGUCUUCGGCCCUUUUGUCGUCAUCUCACGCUUUAGCACAGAAGAGGAAGCAGUGGCGCUGGCGAACGACUCGGUCUAUGGCCUCGGUAGUGCUAUCUUUACCGAAAAUAUCGGAAAGGCGCAUCGAAUCGCUCGGGAUAUUCAUGCCGGUAUGGUGUGGAUUAACUCCAGUAAUGAUAGUGAUUGGCGUAUUCCCUUUGGGGGCGUAAAACAGAGCGGCAUUGGGAGAGAGCUCGGGGAGGCUGGAUUGGACGCUUAUUCGACCGUGAAGGCAGUCCAUGUAAAUAUAAAACCGAAAAUGUGA